UGGUGACGCGCUUAGGGGCGGGGCGAGGGAACGGUGUUUCAGGGUUCUUCUCCGUUACCUCCGCUCCGACAGUCCAAGCCUUCUGGGACCUCAUUAUGCAAACAGUUGCAGGACAGCUAACUUGUCUGACUGCUUCACUUAUUAUGAUGAUUUCCUAAAGCCGCGCUUCUCUCAUAAUCCAAGAACCAAAACAACACCGGGGUCCAAUUCCCACUGAGUUCUGCAAACAUGCCUGAGGUUCGGGAUCUUUCUGAAGCUUUGCCUGAGAUGUCUAUGGACCCGAUCACUGGUGUUGGAGUUGUCGCCUCUAGGAACAGGGCUCCCACUGGAUAUGAUGUGAUUUCUACUACAACAGACGGCCUGGAUGCUGACCUGUGGAAGGAUGGCCUUUUCAAGUCCAAAGUGACUCGUUACCUUUGCUUCACCAGAGUUUUCUCCAAAGAAAAUAGCCAUUUAGGCAACGUCCUUGUGGACAUGAAGCUGAUCGAUAUAAAGGACACUUUGCCAGUGGGGUUCAUCCCAAUCCAGGAAACGGUUGACACUCAAGAGCAGGCCUUCAGGAAGAGGCGGCUCUGCAUCAAGUUUAUUCCGAGGGACUCGACAGAAGCCGCCAUCUGUGACAUUCGUAUCCUGGGUCGCUCCAAGCAGGCACCUCCUCAGUACACCUUCAUAGGAGAGCUCAACAACAUGGGAAUCUGGUAUCGCAUGGGGAAUGUGCUUCGUGCUCAGGACUCGGUGCAGACUCCAACCACCGCCAACAACACCCAGAACAUUAACUCCUCCACAGUCCUAGCCCCAGUCCCAGCAGCUCCAAUGCCCAAACACAUUUCCAUGACCCUUCCUGCCAGCUUCAGAGGGAAGAACACCACCAGACCAGACUAUGAGCACCAGAACUCUAACCUUUAUGCUAUCUCAGCUAUGGACGGAGUGCCUUUCAUGAUUUCUGACAAGUUUGCCUGUGCCUCUUCUGAUCUGCAGCAGGUGGACCUGAUGGGCAUCACAAUCAAGUCUCUGGCUGAGAUCGAGAAAGAGUAUGAUUACAGUUUCCGUACGGAGCACAGUGCAGCAGCUCGCCUCCCUCCUAGUCCAACACGGACCUCCCUGAGCUCCGAGGCCUGAUCUGCUUCUCCUUAAAGGAUUGGACACCAGCAAGAGACACUUGGACACCACGACUGAGAACCUGUCCUGAACUUCUCUAGUCAGCUGCCCUGAAGAGGAAUAAAGAGCCUGAUUAAAGUGGAGCUUCUGUUGGUCUCCUGGAGAUCAUCUGGUCUCUGUUAAAACAUAAAAACCUCACUGUACACACACACAUACACACAUUGUCUUCUAAAGGAGCUGGAUCUGAUGUAGAAAAGAGGACCUGCUUUUUGUGUGGAAAUUCUUGUUUUUCUUUUCAGAGCCUCAGAGGGUUCUUUGUGAUACAAUUAACUUCUCAUCAAGAGGAACGUCUUACAAACAAGAUAAAGGAUACAAGAGUUCCUGUAGUGAAGAACAUCUGUCUGGCCUUUCUGCUGCCAGGAUCUGGCUCCAGGAGGUCAGGGGUCAGCUGUUUAGGUGUUCCUGAUGGAGUUGGAUCUGUUCUCUUCAUGUUACCGUGUUAUUCUGGACUAAGUGUGUGUUCUGUUUGUCUCAGAUAUACAUCCUGUGUUUUGUAAAUGAGCCACUGCUACAGAUGCUGAACCCAAACAUAGAUGUUUACUGCUUUGGUAGCAUUUACCCACAGGGCCAGGCAUUAGCAUCAAAAGGUUGGUCACUGCGUUACGUUUAGAAAACCUCAGAUGGUAGAAAUACUGAGCUCGAGGUUUAGCUUUAGCCCUCAUCUGGCACAUUAAGAGCUACGGUGUCCGAGCUUCUAGGGAUGGAACCACAUUUGACUUUAGAACUUUUUAAAAGCCAGUUUUCAUAGUAAAUAUAUUUAUUAGCAACAUUUCUCAGAAAUAGCUCUCAGACCCUCUGAACUUGAGUUGAAGGGUCACAUAAGCAGAACUGUUCCUUGUUGUCAUCAGUCUGUUUUACCAGUCUGAAACACUGAUCAGACUUAGUGUGACAUAUAAAAAACAGAGCUGACUUCUAAUGUGGGACUUUAUCGUUCUCUUUAAGAGUCCGAUGCAGGUGACCAGCUGCUAGUUCCUUCUAAUAAACCACUAAUGCACCACAUCACAGGCACCAUGCAAGUCCUAGAUGUACUCAUGUUUUUCCACGUUCAGAGUGUUAUUGCACUCAUGUUGUUCUAAUAAUGGUGAAGUGUGCAGAAGCAGCAUGAAAGCCUUGUUUUUGUACCAGUCCAUUUACUCUCAUCGCUGCUGCUCUUAACAGGAACUGCUUCACUGUUUCGUGGUUCAGCCCUGUGUCUUCUGAUGGUUUUUAUAAAGAAUAUUUUGAGUUCAUGUUUUUCAAGAAAGGUGUUGAGUACAGAGCCUCAGUGAUUCUCUCUGGUGUCCCAUGAUGGUGAUGAGGAGAGCUGUGUGGUUGUUGGCUGGUGUGGAGGCUGGGUUAGGGUCAGAAGGACCAGCCUGCUACAAUCUCUCUCUUCCACUUAAACCCAUCAGCCCUGCCCUGCAGCUUGAGCCUGGUGACCUUUAGAGGGUUGAACAAAGUGGACACGACUGUUGUAGUGAAAGUUCCAACAUGAGUUUGUUUGGACAGCAGAUCUCAGAUCAGAUUGCUGAUUAGAGCAUAGAUUGAUAGAAAUCAGUUGCUUUCAGCACCCACAUUGUCUCAUAUGACUGUUACAAUCAAAAUAAUGAUGAUGUUCAGUAUUUUCCAGUCCGUAACAUUUGGAUGAGCAGUUUUUGUCUUAAUUUAUUAAUCAUUUUCCGUAUUGUGACUGUUUUUGUUUCACAUGUACCAUGUCAAACGUCCAGUGCACUGCCGACGGGCGUGAACUCUGUUCCACUGUUCGUCGAACAUUUCUUAGCUGGUUGGGUCAAACAUUUGAAACGGACUAACAAAAAACUGACUAAUGUGUUUGAUAAGGUUGUUUGCAUGGUGACACAACGUGACGGAGCUUAACGUUAUUAUUUUUCUUGGCAAAAGAACAAAAGUCUGAUGUUGGUUUGUAAGCAGAUUUUAUUCUCCAGGUGUGAACAAAUCAGCUUUAGUGUUAUUUGUAUUCUAGGUUUUAAUAAACUGUGGUGAACUGAACCGUA